UCAGUCUUCAAGUCGGAGCUCCAACAACCUGGAACUACGCGCCAAACCGAACCGAGGAGACGGGGUAGCCCGUACCAUGCAGCCCGGAGAGGAGGACAGUCUGGGGCCGUUGAUUUUUGACCCCUUUCUGCAUUGACGGAGUAUUUUACCCUAUUUUCUUUUUACUGCAAUCUCGUUUAUCUAACAUACCUUCACUCAUCCAGGCACCCGUGCGCGAGCUCUCAUCACCAAACGGAUACCCUGACCUCUUCUCUCGUUUUCUUGGCUGUUGAACAUUAACCCCGCAAAGGAGCUAAAACAGGAGAUAACGGGAACACCUGGAAACAUGGAUUUAUUCUCCGUUCCGCCCCGCGUUGGCUGGUGGAGGGUCCUGUUUCUCCUUAGCAUCUUCCAAGAUUACAUGAGCUCAAUGCUGGACUGCCCGCCGACGUGCACUUGUUCCGUCACGGACAUCUUUUGCAAUAAGUCUUACCAAGGGAAUUUCUUUCCCCUUCUGGCACUACAGGACACGGUGAGCGACGGGAAUACCACCAACAGCCUCCCAGACCUGUUUGAGAACAUCUCAUCGAUACAUAUUGAGAACUGGUCCGGUUUGCAGACGUUGACGGGUGUGGACAUGGAGCUGUACACUGGGCUUCAGAGACUGAGCAUUGUGAACUGCAACCUGCGUGUGAUUCAGCCACGAGCGUUUGCUAAGAACCCCCACCUGCGUUACAUAAACUUGUCCAGGAACCCUCUGACGACUCUUUCAUGGCAGCUUUUCCAGCAUCUUCAACUCUUUGAGCUGAAGCUGGAAGGAGUGCUGUUUAACUGCAGCUGUAGUAUCCGCUGGAUCCAGCUGUGGCAGCAGAGAGGCGAGUCUGAACUUCAUAACCAGCGGCUGUACUGUAACAACGGCUAUUCAAAGAUCUCCCUUCAGCUGAUGAACAUCUCUCAGUGUGAUUUGCCAGAAAUCAGUGUAAGUCACAGUAACCUGACGGUGAUAGAAGGAGACUCGGUCACAGUCACAUGUAAUGGAUCGGGUGUUCCUGUACCAGAAGUGGAUUGGACCGUAAAUGGACUUCACUCCAUUAACACACAUCAAUCCAAUCAAUACCCACCUAAUGUCCACUCCAUCAACUUAACUCUGGUCAACGUCAGCAGAGACGAUAACAGCUUCAUGCUGACCUGCAUUGCAGAGAAUAUAGUUGGGAUGACCAAUUCCUCUAUACAGCUGUCAGUUCAAUUUCCUCCUGUCAUCAUAAAGUUCGAGGAACCCGAGAGAUGGCACGACACAUGUAUGAUCUUUACCGUCCGUGCGCACCCCUUGCCCACCCUGCGGUGGUUCUACAAGGGCGAGGAGAUCAAGCAGACCGAAUACAUCCGCCCAGACAUGGAGACUUAUCAGGACAAUCGGGAGGGAUGCCUGAUGUUUAAAAACCCCACCCACCACAACAAUGGCAACUACACAUUGGAGGCCAGCAACUUCUUGGGCGUGGCUGUCAAAACUGUAUACGCCCACUUCCUGAAGCCACCUUUUGAGGACUACCCAGGUUAUGAGAGUCCGACACCAACCGCUAUUCCAACCAUGACACAUCGGCCAGAAGAGGACACCUUUGGCGUGUCGAUUGCAGUUGGCUUGGCUGGCUUCGCCUGUGUUCUCCUUGUCGUCAUGUUUGUGCUAAUCAACAAAUAUGGCAGACGCUCAAAGUUUGGCAUGAAAGGACCGGUGGCUGUAAUCAGCGGAGAAGAAGAUUCCGCCAGCCCUCUUCACCACGUCAACCACGGUAUUAUAACCCCAUGCACCCUGGAUGCCGGACCAGACGCCGUGGUGAUUGGCAUGACGCGUAUCCCGGUAAUCGAGAACCCGCAGUACUUCCGGCACGGGCAUAAUUGCAACAAGCCCACCACUUAUGUACAGCACAUUAAGCGGCGAGACAUUGUGCUCAAGAGGGAACUGGGAGAAGGGGCUUUCGGGAAGGUGUUCCUGGCAGAGUGCUACAACCUAAGCCCCACUAAGGACAAAAUGCUAGUGGCUGUCAAGACGCUGAAGGAUCCCACCCUUUCAGCCAGGAAAGAUUUCCAGCGAGAGGCUGAACUGCUCACCAACCUUCAGCAUGAUCACAUCGUGAAGUUUUACGGUGUCUGUGUGGACGGCGACCCGAUCAUCAUGGUCUUUGAGUACAUGAAGCAUGGAGACCUCAACAAGUUUCUCAGAGCUCAUGGUCCAGACGCGAUGAUUCUUGUUGAUGGUCAGCCACUUCAGACCAACGGAGAACUGGGUUUGUCUCAGAUGUUGCAUAUAGCCACUCAGAUCGCAUCAGGGAUGGUCUACCUGGGGUCUCAGCACUUUGUCCACCGUGACCUGGCGACACGAAACUGCCUGGUGGGCAACGGCCUGCUGGUGAAAAUCGGAGACUUCGGAAUGUCAAGAGACAUCUACAGCACGGAUUACUAUCGGGUGGGAGGACACACCAUGCUGCCCAUCCGCUGGAUGCCACCAGAAAGCAUCAUGUACAGGAAGUUCACGACGGAGAGUGACGUGUGGAGCUUCGGCGUUAUUCUCUGGGAGAUCUUCACCUAUGGAAAGCAGCCAUGGUUUCAGCUUGCAAAUAAUGAGGUAAUCGAAUGCAUCACACAAGGACGCGUACUGGAACGGCCACGAGUUUGUCUCAAGGAAGUGUACGACAUCAUGCUGGGAUGCUGGCAGAGGGAACCACAGCAGAGGUUAAACAUCAAAGACAUCCAGAAAAUUCUUUAUUCCUUGGGCAAAGCCACACCCGUCUACCUGGACAUCCUGGGCUAGUGUUUGUUGGGAUUAUGUUUGUACGUCUGCGUCUAUCCAAAAGAGGAACAACCUGGGAAUAACCCAAAACAACAUGUACCUUACUGCUUCACUGUCAGACACCUACAACAUGGGGAUGGACUUAAGUGCCUGCUACUUCUUUCGAUACACUGGAAAACAGUCUUUAAAAAGCACUUUUACAUUUUGUUUACCUGCAUAGAAAAUGUACAGCAGAGAAGAGGAGUCUUUCGCUAUUUCUUUCAUUUUUCCUUUGGUUUUGGUAAGAAGAGCCUACUUUUGAACUCUAAAGGAAGAACAACGGAAAUCCCCCUUUCCUCAAAAAUAUGGAAAAAAAUAUUUUUUGUUUUUGUUUCCUGACUGCUUGAGAAAACUCCCUCGUGGUUGUUUUUCAUUUUAUAAAAAAAUAUAUUUUUCUUUAUUUUUCUUUCUCCAAGUGUGGACGUCUGCCAUGUUUCUCGCUGAGGGUAUCUCACCUUUGGGAUGUGACUGCUUGCCGUUGCCAGGUCAGACGAUCGGCAAGGACUUUUUUGUCAAAAAGCCUUACUGCGCUCUGAUUGGCCAGAUCUUCUCUUUGACUCUGCAGGAAGUAUCCAACAGGGCUUUUAAAUACAAUGAGGAGCUAUUUAGCGAAUGGAUUAACUUGAAGGAGCAAAGGAACCACCAAUCAAUACAAAGGAGUUUAUUUAAAAAAAACGAAUGUAUAUAAUGUAAAUUUUAGUGUCACAGGCGACAGUAUGUUAAAUUAUUUCAUUUCCUGAUUAGAUUAUUUUAGUUGGCGUGCUGUUACGGUGAGUAAAUUCUAUAAAUAUUUUGAUAAUAUUUUAAUGUUUCUUUUCACAUGUCCAUAGAAUGUAUGUCCAUAUUUUGAUCUGAACGAACUUCCUUUGAAUUCCCUUAUGCCUCUUUUUUGUCUGUUUGAUAUGUGACAAAAUGUGUCCAUGAAUAAGAUUUUCACUGCAAAACACACACACAUACCAUGGCAGUAAACAUCAUUGCCUCACUCCUUGUAUUCCAGAGACCAUUGGCUUCUAAAGUGGUUAAAAAAGAUUGAAGAAAAUCUCAUUCCAUUCAUUAAGCUUCAUCUCAUGGUUGUGCUUCUUUUUAAAAACGUCCUUUUAGCGUAGUUGAAGUAAUAACAGAAAGACGUUUAGACUGUUUGCGAGAGUUGGCAUGUGCAAGCUUAUUACAUCUUUUUACAGUGUUUUCUAGAAAUGGACUUCUUACGUUUUUCGUUAUUUAUAAACAAAAGUGCAUAGCAAACAUUGUCAGGUAAAACUGCUGUCCUAGUAUUUCUUUUCAAUCUCUCUCUUAUUGUAUCCACAUUGUAUCCAUUGAUUUUUCAAAAUAAGCCUGUAACAAACUUCUGUGAAUUCUGUCGCAUAAUAUAUAUUCCUUUCUCAAACUUUAACAAUUGGAUUCUUUGUAAACACAAUAAUGUGAUGAUGUCUUUGUCAGCUUUCCCAAAACUAAAGGGCUUAUUUAGAUCUUCCUUCAUUCUGAAAUGACAAACGGCAGUAUUAUAUUGGAAGGUGUUCAGUCUCUCUUGCAUGCUUUUGCUGGCGCAUGCUUUUUCAUUCAAGGUGAUCCAUGGCUCAGUAUUUCUCUGAUGAUAAAUCUGUCAUCACCGCACACGCAGUCGUUCAGGUAAACUUUACUUCGGCUUUUGGCAGCAGCCACCUCAUCUGCGCUUUUUGAGAGCACACAAUAAGCGAUAUUUUAUCAAUUCAACCUGUAGGAGACUUAACCCUUAAAUGUAUCACAUGAAUUGUGUUCGCAGUAAGUUUCUCGCAACUUCCUGUCUAAACCAUUCAGACGUGAAAUGUCGAAAACUUUUCCAUCCGCCUAUCAGCGACCGCACACUAAAUUGCUGUAAUGUUGCAAUCUACCCGUCACGAUUUUCUGCUUACCCUUAAUCUCAUCCUUCACAUCAGGAAAAAUUCCCGGUGCGGAGGAAGCAACUUGAACAUUCGUUGAUCUUGUUGUGUUGUUUUUUUCUGCUUCCCACAGUGGCCAGAUAAUUCUCUCCACAUCUACUGUAUGACAAGGGGGAAAUUGCAAAAGUCUUUCCAUAACACCGACAGCGAUGUGUUUAUGUGUGAUAAGAUGCUUCUCAUUUUGAUAUUCUUGUCGGCUGCGGGCCCCCACUGCAGAUAGUCACUGACUUAACAAUUUUGCCCAUGUCGAGUGCGCCAAGCGUUUUAUGCAAAAGAGCAACACAGGAGAUUUAUCCCGGUAGACCGAAUGCCGGCUUUCUGAAUUCUGACGUUUAUGAAGUAAACAGGCCUGCCUUCACCCAGAACCUUGUCGGAGGGCUUGCCUUUUAACAGAGACACGGUCCUCUUACUGACUGUAAUUUCUGCAAAAGUCUCAUUGAUGUGGCGUACCAGAUUUUUCACGUCAAUCAUAGCGCACAGUCGAGCGUUCAUGCUAAAUUAGGUUCUAAUUGGAAGGAAACAGACAAAACGUCACUUUUGCUUCCUUUAGAGAGACAUGCCAUCCAGAAUGCGUUGUUGCUGAUUUCUAAAUAAGAAAAUACAAAUUAUAUACUUAUUUAAUUUUUAUAUUAUAUUAUUUUUAUAUUUUAUAUGAUAUUUUUCUUAUUCCGAAAUCAAACACGGCAUAUAUAUAUAUAUACUUUUAAUUUAUUUUUUUCUCUGAAAACUAUAUCCAGUAUUUCUUUCCCACCCAUCUCACAUUGCCUUUUAUUAAAAUACUGGUUUAAUGAAAUAUGGAUGAAAUUCAUUAAAACUCCAUUAGCACAAGCAUGCUUCAUCUCCAAUAUUUAACAAUUUAAUAAAAAUUCAAUAAAACAUUAUUUUCUUAUCCAUUCAUUAUAUAACCAGCCAGCAAUUUCAUCCUCUAAUUUUCAUCCUCUAUUUCGCCAACCAUAAUCUUUAUAUCUAUAUUAGCCCCUUCCCCACGUGUCUGUGGCUUCUAUCUCUACCAAAUCAAAACAUCUACCUUCGUCCUAAAGAGAACUAGAGGUUGUGACUUGCUGUUGUGAAUCGGUUGAGCUGGUGGCUACUGAAGAUUAUUUGAGUCAUUGACUAUAUAACUGAGACUAACGGGGUUGAAAGAGUCCAACAUUUUCUCCGCAUUUUACUCGGCGAGACCGAUCGUUGUUCAAUGACCUGUGAAAGGUGGAUUACACAAACACGUCGAGGAGGGGCCGGCUGCUGGGGAGCCCGCAUCCUUAUCAUCCGGAGCUGCCAGAGAACAGAGGCGACCUGAAUUAGCAAAUUCUGUAAACGAAGAAACGCAGGCUGCAGCUGGUUCGGAGACGGGGGAUCAAAGAGGAAGACGGUGUGAGCAGGUUGACGGCGCGACGGCUCCGGGGGUUGCUGUGACUCUAAUGACUUCACCUUGCAGAAAUGGGUGGAAAUUACCAAUGAAAUGAGUUUUUGGCCUGGGCUUUUAGAUAUCUCUUAAAUAUGAUGGCCGGUCUUGUGGUAAUCCCCCCGAGGCGUAGGAGAGGUGUGUGCGGCUGGUUGGGCGAGUGUGAGAAAGGGAAGGGUGGGAAAGAUGAAUCGGUGAAGGUCAAACACUAACAGAGUGAAUGAAAGAGCCACAGCGCUGUCUGUUGGCAGGCUAACAAAGUUGAGUUAAGCAUUCGGAGAGAGGCAGAAUCUCUCUCUUUUUCUCGCUCACUCGCCACCGUGGCAGGGCACAGGGCGAUUGAUGAGAGGUUUAAGACCUUAAUCAUGAGAAGAAGGAGCGAGGCAGGAAACUGGAACAUUAUGGCUGGAAUGAGCUCUCUUUCAGCACUUCAUAACCCCGCAGAAGGGCUGCAAAACCUCGGCACUGUCACGCUUGGCUGCUGAUCUCAGAUCAGCCCUCUCCUCAUCCAUUUAUCCUACCUUCUGCGGGCCCGAUUUACCAAUGCAUUUAACGCAUUCAAGACGAGGAAGAGAAAGUAUAAUUGGGAAUUGGUGACGUAAACGUAAAACCAAAUGCGUAAAUACUCAGAUUUAGCAUCGGAACACGUCGUGUGUUAACUCUCUCCUUUUUGUAGCUUUUGAUUUAUUUUCCUACGAGCAAUCAGAGAAAAAAACACCAGACGUAGCGCCUUUAGAACCACUAACAACCCUGUCAAAUUAGCCGGGCGAUGUUCAGAUCUCAUUUAGGACCGCGACACUUGAUGUGGUCACCUGGAGCAUUAAUCUUCCCGUGAUGAAGUCACGCUAAAUAUCUAAACUGAUUCAAUCUCUUAUCCCGAAUCGUCCGCAGAUCCCAAGCCAUCGCAGUCGCUUGCAUAAAAACACGCCAUCCUGCUUAGCCCGCGGGAUAAAAUUCUUUCUCAUCGCUUUAGAAACAUUUAAUUAAAGAUCAUUAUCUGAUUCAAAACCCCACUCCUAAAUUACAAAUGAGACUACCAGAACAAGUCCUUAUCUACCUCCAGUGCAUUGCGGCUUAAGUACUCUUAAUGUACUCUGGAAAAAGCAUUUCAAACCCGCUGUCGAUCACAGCAUGUUCUGCUGAUGAUAUGAAUAACAGCGGCCAACAUUUUUGUACAUUUGAAGCACCGAUAUGGCUAUAAUACCGCACAAAAUGUCUUAGUACGGCUUGCCUAGACUCACACUGCAGUCGCUGUACGCUCUGGGCACAUGGACAAGCAUGUGAAUCUUGUUACUUAGAACUGAAAGUGCUUCAGAGAUCCAUAGUUCAGGCCGGCAGGUCUCCAGAGCUGUGAGAAAAGCCAAUCCCACUUCUAAGAAAAGCUGGCCGAAUGCAACUCCGGUUUUCUCUAAAAGGGAGGUUAAAAUUGACUGCAGCAUUAAGACUUCAGAUGGGGACGUCACCCCGGAGCAAACUCCUGCAUCGUCAGCAGACUUUGACGUCUAGAUUAACCUUGCCGCUGUGAGCGUGCUGACGGGUUCUCAUUGGGAUGCAAGAAGCGUCUCGGACCUACUCUAGAAUCAUUGUUUCCUGUGUGAACAGGAAGAUGUGAACGUGCUAUCUAUAUACUGUUUAUAGAUUUAUAGAUAGAUGUGUGUCUAUGUGUGUGUGUGAGAGAGAGAGAGAGAGAGAGAGAGAGAGAGAGAGAGAGAGAGAGAGAGAGAGAGAGAGAGAGAGAGGGUGUUACUGUUUUUGAAAGGAAAUUUUGAAAUAAAUAGUGAUCAGUUCAGACCUCUCCACCGUUCCCAAGCUCACCAGGUUACCAGCAGAUUUGAGAUACACCAAAGAGUCCAUGUGAAAGGCUUAACUCUCUGUUUUCAAUCUUCUCCACUGAAGUGUUUUUUAUUCCUUAAUAGAGACUAAGGCCCAUUGUACCACAAAAGAAUACAUGUCAAUCAGAACAACAGGAGAGCUCCUUGAAACUCUCUGAACCGUUUGAUUCAACCUUGUUGCUCUCCGCUCAGACUCAAAGUUGUGUUACCGGGACAGUUUUAUCUUCAAGUGAAAUGUUAUUUUAGCCUGUAAUUGUUUCUGUUCACUUGUGCCAGAUAAUGACCGAAAACCUAUUGGUCUUUAUUCGGAUAUCUAAACGUUGGGACGGCCAAGUUUCUAAAGUAACAUGCCAGCUGCCAACUCAAUAUGGAUGUAAUAAGUCACUUUUGAAGUCGUCGUCUUUCCAAGCUUCUCAAGUUUUGUGCGGUAUACUUUGAUGUAUAGAAAUAACCUUAGGUGGUCUUUCGCUGGUGUUCGUCUGGUUUAGCUAGUCUCUGAACCUAGCCAAGAUGGUUGUUUUAGCUGGUCUGCCAACUGGUUGACCAGCUAAAAAGUGCCUAGGAUACAAUCCCUAAUGAAACGAUUAAAACAGACUCAUUAGAAUAUAACAGAAAAUAUCCAAAUCUGGUCAAGCUGGUGUUCACCAACAUCCCAAAAUUCUCUUAAACCAUCAAAAACAGACCAGACUCAUUAAACUGGUGGCCAGCUAAGACCGGCAAACCACCGUAGGCUGUUUUAAACUUUUAUUCAGCAGGGUUGUAGUCAUAAGCUCUGUCUCUGCCUUUGAUUCGUGGUUGACUUUCCCACCAAACCCACCAAGCAAACGAUCGUGAGACUGAGACACUCGUGGCUCUCUUGCUGAAGGACCAACUGCAGAGAAACAGCUUUAAUAUCUUCAUUAGCGCCACGGCUAAUGGCUGAAAACCCCUGCAGGGUUAAGAGGGUGCUGGCAGUAACCUGCCCGUACAAUACGCCGACUAAAAAUAGCGUAUGGAGAAGUAGCGUAUAGAUGAGUGGGGCAGUGAGUUCUGACUCACUCCACAUUUGCCUUGAAGCUCGAGCAACAUAUUAGAUCACAGCAAACCCCCACCCGACCAAUGCUACCCACAACACCGCAGGUUUAAACUAGACUACUGCAAACUAGCCUCUCACUGCAGCAUAUGAAGAUAAAAUGUCUGUGUGUGUCACAGUGUGUGAAGGGUGACAUCCGACCUUUUAGUUUAUAUAAAGGCUUUGGAAGUAUUGUAGUGUGGAUAGAUGAUGCAUGUGAUAUUACACUUUGAUGCGUUUAACUUUUUUUACAUACAGUCAAUAUUUCACACUCAUUUUGUGGUGCAUUUUGUUAAAGGGAAAGUUAAAAAUGCUGUCAUCAUUUACUCACCUUCUUGUCAUUUCAAACCUGUAUGACUUUCUUUCUUCUGCAGAACACAAAAUAAGAUAUUUUGAAGGAUGUUGGUAACCGAACAACGGGGCCAUCCAUUGACUUGCAUUGGUUUUGAGUUCAUACAAUGAAAGUGAAUGGGGGCCAGUGUUGUUCGGUUACCAACAUUCUUCAAAAUAUUUUAUUUUGUGUUCUGCAGAAAAAAGAAAGUCAUACAGGUUUGAAAUGACAAGAGGGUGGAGUAAAUGAUGACUUAAUUUUUAUUUUUGGGUGAACUAUCCCUUUAAGGCUGAACGAGAUGAAGAACUGGAAGAUGGUAACCAAUGGUUUCAAUGUCACUUUUAUGCACAUAUGCACAAUGCAAAUUUGCAACCAGUUAUUAGUACAUGCAGACCCUCGAGAUGAACAUACUGUAUAGGGCACUAUUUUUAGAAGGUGUUUGAUGGCCAAAAGACACCAAGCGAAACAAAAUAAUUUAUUAUUAUAGGCUGUAAGCAGGGGCGGAUUAAGGUGGUCAGGGGCCUCUAGGCUGCUCUUUGGGUAAGGCCCCUUAGGUGCCUUUCACGCUUGCAGUUUAGUUCGGAACGGAGCACGGUUUGCAUGAAAAGCCGCUAAUGUAAAAGCUGUCACGCGAACUCAGGUUCGCACCAGGGUACCAAACCCUGCGCAUGCGCUUUAGCCGAUUACAAUGCAUGUAAGAAAUGAUAGCGUCGGUAGUUUACCUUGGAUUUGAGCAAGAGUGAGCCUGCAUUAUUUUGCGCGUUGCGAGUGGAAUCAGAGCGGCAAAUGAAUACGAUGUUUCCAGAUUUUAAAAAAGUCUUGAUAAAUAGUCUGUUUGCAAGCAGCAGAAAGCUCUGUAAGCGAACAUACAGUAAAACCUAGUGUUGUUUACUCUGCGCUGCGCAUAAUAGCAUCAAGUCAUUAAAACACAAUAAAUUGACCAGUGUUCUGUUUACUAUCAUGGGUCAUGCACGUUCGUGAUGACGUGAAAUGAAUGCAAACGCACCAGGGUUCGAUAGAAUCAAGCUGAGCCUGAGACACAAACCAACGCUGCGAGUGGCGUCAGAACAAUCGCACUCGGAUACACACACAUCAAAUACUACAGUGUUUCCUCUACAUUCCGAGCUACUUUGCAAUGGCAAACACCACGAGAGCACAAGCUCCAGUUUUAUACAAGUAUACGUGAAAUAUAAACAGCCCUUAAAAACGCCUCGGUGGAUCUUUACUGAGACACAAACCCCUGUGCAUUACAUAAACUGUGUAUAAAACAAAGCCAUAAUUAAAAACCAACCUGUAUAAUAUGCGUGUCAUUAUGGAAUAACUCACUGAAAUAUUCCCGAUGACAUGAUGAGCUAACUGCUGCAACAGCUAGCACCGAUGUUAGCCAAUGCGAGCUGCCAGUCCUCCUUCUGCUAUCUUGGUCACGUUGUUCUUUCAACCUUUGUAUUUUCCAUUUUUGUGCUCCACUAUUGUACUUUCUUUCAGACAUUUUGCCGCUAUGCCAUCUAGCAAUAGCAGUGACGUAAAUGAAAAUGAUUGCAUGAUUUCACCAGCAGCUGAUUGGACAGAUGUCACCCAAAUAUAACAUCUAUCCAAUCACCGGAUUAUGUUUUGUUAUUUCUUAUGGGCCAAUUAGGGUCUAUUUUUAGUUGCGCUGAAGUAAAUUCAAAAUAAAGAAUCCAAUCAGAGGCCCCUAAACAGGUGGGGGCCCUAGGCUGCAGCCUAGGCAAGCCUGUGCGUUAAUCCGCGCUUGGCUGUAAGUGAGCGUUUAUUAUAAGUGAACCACAUGUUUUUCUGAAACAUACUGUAGAAAAAAUGUGGAUGUUAUUUUGCUUUUACAAUUGCAAGGUCAUCACUUGCUGUUCUGUUUACGUUAGUGUUAAUAACCUUUUGUUUUAUUGUUAAAACAUGCCUGCUAGUUUAGGGUGUUGUUCUUUAAAAAAACUAAUUUAAAUUUAAUGUAAUAGGUCUUAUUAUGUGUAUUCUCUAAUCCCGGUUUAGAUAAGUAAUCUAUUAGUGGGUUCUUGACACACCGACAUUGGUUUAACCCAUAGCGUGAAUUUGAAUAGAUUGGUUAAAUGUGAAAGUGAUUUUAAAAAAUAUUUAAAAACAUGAAAUAGUAAUUAGCUUUGCGGUUGUUUUUAACUUUAAAGUCAUUGAUCUUUCCGCCCCACAAAAGAUUUCACAAACAUGUUUUGAAAAGCCAUCAGAAUGUGAAAAGAUAAAGAAACGAUUGUGCCAGCUUUGAUGUUGGAAACAUCAACCAUUUCAGAUAUUAUUGUUUAAUAAUGUCAAAAACGGGGCCAGCGCUCUUCUUAUUGUUUUCCAAAACAAAGACUGAUGAUUAAAAAAACACAUUACUUAUUUCUCAGCUCACAUUGAAGGGUCUUAACAAAUCUCCAUACCAGAUCACAUUGUU